AUGGAGCUGAUGAACUGGGUGUUUCACAGUGUACUAGAUAUGUAUGUCAUCAUAUUCAUUGAUGGCAUCUUGAUAGACUCAAAGAAUGAGAGGGAACAUGUCGAUCAUCUCCGACUAGUAUUGCAACGCUUGAGAGAGAAACAAUUGUAUGCCAAAUUUAGUAAAUGUGAGUGUUGGCUACACCAAGUAGCGUUCUUGUGGCAUAUUGUCUCCGCCAAUGGUAUAGAGGUUGACCCCGGAAAGGUGAAGGCAAUGGUAGAUUGGGAAACUCCUAAGAGCAUUGCAGACAUCCAUAGUUUAUUAGGUUUAGCUGGUUACUACAGGAGAUUCAUCGAGAACUUCUUGACACUUUCGGCCCCGAUGACUUGA